UAUAGGAAGGAGAACAGACUUAGGAACCGAGAAACUUGGACCAGCAGGACUUUUGUAUCAUCAGUUAUGUUUCGUUUUCAGUGAGAGUAUGUGUAAUGCAGCACCAGUGAUUGUGACAGGGGCAUCGAGCGUCGCCGUCGAGUUGGUGGCUCUCCUGUUCAAUAUUCGGGAGGUCCAGGGUUCAAAUCUCGGCCCGGAGACUGGUAUUCCUGACAGGCAAUCAACAAGGCGAAGCAUCCUUCUCCGUCCCGUAUGUUCCAGCCACAACUAGACGCGAAGAGAGUCAACCUGUCAACCUCAUACACAUAUCCAGUUUCCUCUCAGCUCCAAGAAGAUCGCCACUUCAAUGGGGCAGAUAGUGGAUUAGUCCUGUUGUCUGCACCAAUAGGAUGGUCAUAUUGGCAACUCUGCUGGUGCUUCAUGGAGCGAGUUUGGUUGGGUCGAUGCCAGGAGCAGGUGCUCCUGAGAACAUCACCAUUGUGUUCCUGAGCCCGAAUUCUGUCAAGGUGUCAUGGUCAGCCACCAUGGACAAUGUGGAAAAAUAUGAUGUCAAUUACAAACCUACAAAUGCCAGUUCCAGAAUAUCAGAUGUGGUUGCUGGAAAUUCCAACUUCAUCACCCUAAACAACCUAGUGCCUAGCACACAGUACCAAGUCACAGUGGUCGCUGUCAAAGGAGGCAGGAGGUACCGCAGCAGACCAACUAUAUUCCUCACAAUGGAACCUCCUGAACCUCCAAAUACCUCUGCACAGCGUCAUCCAGACUCAAUCAUUACAGGGGUGCCCACUACAGUUCCGUCAAAUAGUGAAGACCUACCCAGCUCAAAAAACCCACAGCAGAACAUCCAGGUGCGAGGCGUGGAGGUGGGAAUUGUCUUGCUGGUUCUAGUCGUCUGGAUAGCUGCAAUUGCACUCUUCUUCAACCGUUGGGGAAAAAUUCGCAUGCUUCUGCCAUACCAGCCUGACUACAAAGAACAGCUCAAGGUACCAGGCUCUGGUGCUUGUGCUGCAGUGGUGGGAGGAGGUCCUUGUUCUGGCCAACAGCAUGGUUCAAGCCAGGGUUGCCCCCAGCAUCUUCAUUGGUCAGCACAUCAACAUUUUGACUUCAACCAGUGGCCAGGUCCUUCAACUCGUCCUGCAAGCCGACCUCGAGUCAAUUCAGCCAUCUACAUACACUCGGCAUUAGGAGCAGGGGGACAUGACUCAGAAUUCAGCCGCCUUCAACCAUUCCGUUCAGAAUUGUGGCGGAGAGCUCGAAGUGCUGAGAACAUCCCUUUAAGUGGCAUGGAUCCACAGCAACAUCCACAUCAUGGUGCUGACUGCAAGAAUGUGAUCCCAGCAGUGCUUCCAGUCUUGUCCAUCUCUGGCCCCUCUCCUCCAGAAGAGCAACUGGACCAGCAUUUUUGAUCACAUACACACUUCCUCCAAGAUCAUUCAAGUUAGAAACAAAAACACAUAUUUACUUUUUAUAUACUGUUAGUUCUUACUCUACUGAUAUAUUCUGUCUGUGCUAUAUCUUAUGAUUGCUAUUGAAUCUCAUCUGAUCUCAGAUUGAAGUUUGAACAAUUAUCGGAGUUUCAAAUGCAUGCAUGUUUAACCUUUCGAAUACCAGGCUGAAGACUGUAAUGUAUAACAAGUGUCAUGCACUUCUUUUAAUUUGAAGUUGUAAAUAUAAAAUAGUUAUUUUGACUGACAGAUAAUUUUAAUUUCCUACCACAGCUCUUCUAUUUUUACUCUUUUACCAUCAGAGGCAAUUUAAAUAGAAAUUCUGAUGAUGAAUAAACAAGACAAAGGUCAAAUUUUAGAAUUCUGUAUUACCUUUUGGUAAUGAUGUGAGAAUGUAUACAACAUAUGUCCUUGAUGAUAGUCUCUGAUAUGGUGUUUUACUCCACAGUUGCGUGACUAAUCGCCUAGAAACAUAUCAUUGGAAAAGGGUAUUGCUGAAAAGAGAUGUGAAGGUGUUACUGUGAAUUACCUGUGUACUGCCAGCCAGCUGCAAUUAAUGCAGUUGAGGUUGUAAUUCGAAUGGCAGUAAGUGACCCUGGAUGCUGAUUGGACAAAUUUAACAAAAUAAGUUUUGAAAGAAUACAAAGAAGAAAUAAGCCAAAAAGAAAAGCAAUAUACAAUGAAAAAUAAGAAAGUUGAUGUCUCUGCUUCUCAGGGAGAGUCAAGAUAAAAUUAAAGGAGUCAGAUUUCUGAUUCAAUACAAUAUUAUAAAGUUGUCCCAGUUCUUAAUGAAUUAUGCACUACGCCUGAAGGCAUAUGGGGAGUGGAU